CUGUACCCACCUCCCAGUGCCCACAUAUCGACACAGCAAGGUGACGGCAAGACCAAGAUUGAGUUCUUCUGCCUUGUUGCCAAUGACUUCUUCUUGAGUCAUUCCAUCUAUGGCCCAACAUACCGUGCACUCAAGGAGAAGUGUGAGAAAGCGACAUCUGCGAAAGAGAGGCGUGCUGCGCAGCAGGUCCUUAAGAAAUGGGGCUUCAAGAUUAAGAACAGAAUGCGAGAUGUCGGAGAAAUCAUCCAAGGCCACUGCAACGCACUUGGUGAGACUGGAGUAGGGAUCAAAUCUAGAGAGGAGAUAGACAUGUCACAGAAGAACCAGUUCACAUCUUUGUGGGGUAUGUACCUCCCUAAGAUCGUUCAGAUUAUUUAA